CAUUGUUCACGGAAAGGCCUACGAUGUGACCGAAUUUCUGCCUGAACACCCCGGUGGCCAGAAGAUCAUUUUGAAGUAUGCCGGCAAGGAUGCGACCGAGGAGUUCGACCCCAUUCACCCUCCCGACACUCUGGACAAGUUCCUCGACCAGUCCAAGCACCUGGGCGAGGUCGACAUGUCGACAGUCGAGCAAGAAGAGAAGGUCGCCGAUCCGGAGGAGGAGGAACGCCAGGAACGCAUCAAGCGCAUGCCCCCGUUGGCGGCGUGCUAUAACCUGAUGGACUUUGAGGCGGUCGCUCGCAACGUGAUGAAGAAGACGGCCUGGGCCUACUACUCCAGUGGUGCGGACGAUGAAAUUGUAAGCCUCCCUGCCCUAAACACGGGCCCGAAAAUUGCUGAGAAGCAUCGCUAAUCUGCCCCGGGCCUUCAGACUAUGCGCGAGAACCACUCCGCGUUCCACAAGAUCUGGUUCCGCCCUCGGAUCCUGGUGGAUGUGGAGCACGUCGACUUCUCGACGACGAUGCUGGGCGCCAAGGUGUCGGCGCCGUUCUACGUGACGGCGACGGCGCUGGGCAAGCUGGGCCACCCGGAGGGGGAGGUGAUCUUCACGCGGUCGGCGCACACGCACGACGUGAUCCAGAUGAUCCCGACGCUGGCGUCGUGCUCGUUCGACGAGAUCGUGGACGCGCGGCAGGGCGAGCAGGUGCAGUGGCUGCAGCUGUACGUGAACAAAGACCGGGCGAUCACGAAGCGGAUCGUCCAGCACGCGGAGGCGCGUGGGUGCAAGGGGCUGUUCAUCACGGUGGACGCGCCGCAGCUGGGCCGGCGCGAGAAGGACAUGCGGUCCAAGUUCUCGGACGUGGGGUCGAGCGUGCAGGCGUCGGGCGGCGACAGCGUGGACCGGUCGCAGGGCGCGGCGCGCGCCAUCUCCUCGUUCAUCGACCCUGCGCUCUCGUGGAAGGACAUCCCCUGGUUCCAGUCCAUCACGCGCAUGCCCAUCGUGCUCAAGGGCGUGCAGUGCGUCGAGGAUGUGCUCCGCGCUGUCGAGGCCGGCGUCCAGGGCGUCGUCCUCUCCAACCACGGCGGCCGCCAGCUCGAGUUCGCCCCCUCCGCCGUCGAGCUCCUCGCCGAGGUCAUGCCCGCCCUGCGCCAGCGCGGUUGGCAGGAUCGGAUCGAGGUCUACGUUGACGGCGGCAUCCGCCGCGCCACCGACAUGCUCAAGGCCCUCUGCCUCGGCGCCAAGGGCGUCGGCAUCGGCCGCCCCUUCCUCUUCGCCAUGUCCGCCUACGGCCAGCCCGGCGUCGAGCGCGCCAUGCAGCUGCUCAAGGACGAAAUGGAGAUGAACAUGCGCCUGAUCGGCGCCAACAAGAUCGAGGACCUGAACCCCAGCUUGCUGGACGUCCGCGGUCUGGUCGGCGGCCACAAUGCCGUCGUGCCGUCCGAUACCCUUUCCGCUGGGGCGUAUGAUCCUCUCGUCGCGCCGCGAUUCAGCGAGAAGGCCAAGUUGUAGGCUUUCUUCUCCCCUGGCGCGCUCUACUUCCUCAUCUUGGUUUUCGCGACGGUCUGCCUGUCUCUUUUUGAUAUACAUGUUCCUUUAUACCCUGUUGUUAGACUUUUAUCCGAUCGGAUUAUAAAACAUACGGCGAGAUGGCCUUCCUGCCUAUGCAUAUAUACACUAUAUGAUGACAUCACUGGAUCUUGUUCUGUAUGUCCUGUAGCAAUAGUAUAGCCACGGAUCUCCCCAGCGGAGUAGUUCGUCG